AUGGCUGUCUCCGCGGCCGAUGAUCCCCGUGACACGCUAGGCCCGUCCUCUGCCGCCCUCCCAGCUCCUAGAGCUGUAACAACAAUAACAACCUCCUCCACUACCAACAACGACGCCGCCGACUCUAGCCACUAUCCGCCCACCUCUUCGCAUCCUCGUCGCCCGUAUCCCAUCCAUACCGCUCUACCCCAGUCUCGCUUCAGCUUUGAGUAUCAGGUGCCUCAUCGCGACCGUUCCUCGACUUCGCACCGCAGCUCCGCCCUCCAGUCGCCCUACUCUGUCGGCCCUGAUCCGACCCCGACCCCCCAGCGCAGCUUCUUGUACGACGGACCCCGGCGAUCAGUCCCAAACUUCAGUCUGUCCAACAUUGGCAAUCCGUCUUCGUCUGCCGCCGCCUCGUUUGCGCAACCUUCGCCCCCUUUAUCGGCCACCGAAAGGCAUAGCUCUUUCGCGCUGCCUCUUGAUGCCGACUCGAGUCUGGACGCGUUGAGUCCCAAUGCAUCAAAACGUCGUAAACAUCUCUCUCAGCAAACCCUUCGUGUGAACGCGAAACAAAGAAUGCCGGCAUCGACCUUGACGUAUGGUCAGGGCAGAGCGAACGGCGAUCGCGCCGUCCAUCGGGUCGACAAUCGAGCCUCGGAGGACCUCACGGGUAGGACCGACGACACCACCAGGUCCAAAAAUGAAGAUGUUUUUCUGAACAUUGCAAGGUCCGAUUCGGGCCGUCGCGAUUCCUUUAGUCGCUCAGAACUCAGACGGUCGCGCUUCGGUCUAUCUGGUCAGAGUCUUCGUUCCCCAACCUCUCGUGUUCAUGAUCCAACUCCUUCGCCCGAUCAACCACGAUUCAACAACCCUGAUACCCCCUUGCAUUCCAGCAAUGAUUAUCCAUCCACUCUGCCAUACGGAUCCGUAACACGUACCCAUUCACUCUCCGCCCAUCCCUUGGACGACCAUAGUCGGCGACACUCGAACAUCGGUCCGAGCUCGAGAUCUACAAUCGGUCUCCCCCGAAGCAGAUUGGGUCGCACCAGCCCAGAAGCUUCGCCCGAAUCUAGUAUAGAGAGACGGGCGUCAUUACAGGACCCGCGCCUGUAUCGCCAUUCAGGGCUCUCUACAAUUCGCAGCAAUCGACAACCGUCCGGCUCUGAAGCGACAGAACGUCCUCGUAUCGACACCGACAAAGCACGACAGGAUGGCACCGAGUCAACACUGUCAACGAAUGCGCCGUCCACCGUUUGGGAUGAACUGGAGGAUCUCAAAUCUCGUAUUCGAAAGCUCGAAUUGACGGGGAAGCUGCCCCCUUCUUCCCAAGCUGCCAUUUCGUCUGUCUCGGGUGAAAGACCGCGGACCGCGACUACUACAGUCACAACACUGUCCUCAUCUCCCAAAACCAGUCGCAAGGCAAGCGCUCCAUACCAGGAGCCUGAUACCGCCGCGGCUCUUAGCCAAGUCCACCCUCUUUUACAGUCUGCGUUGGUCAAAUCAAAAUCUGCACUGAAAAACGAUGUGUACAAGGCCUUGGAAUCUACCGUGACUGAUGCGCUGGCGCUGUCGACCCUACUUGGCUCUGGCAAUUCCCCGUCUCACGGAUCCUCUGUGGUUAAUGGAUUUGGGCAAUCCGACAGACAAUCCAGGCGCAAGGCUGACAGUGUAUGCCGUGGUUUGACUGAGCUUUGUCUUGCAUUGUCAGACAAUCAACAGCCCUCGAGUGUCGAUGACCAUGCCGGGGCACCGCAGCAAAAUGGCUCCCAUGAAGAGCCUCCGGUGCCCACCCUUCCACUCCAGCGAGCUGCAACCUUUGAGCCGGAAAGCAUUAGCCGACGACAGAGUACCACUCGUGUGACAAGCCGCCUUGAAUCGCGCAGAGCAAGCUUGGCGAAUCUUAACGUCACCAACAACGAACCACCACCUCCUCUUCCUGAUACCAAGCCAACGCAGACGCAGACGCAGACACAGCCUCCCGCAAAAGCAACUCCAAGGCGGCUUAGUCGGCUCUCGUCCUUGCGAACGAGAAAAACGAUGGAUGAUGAGAAUGCUGAGGACGAGAACCCUCACAAACGCACUAUUUCGCGAUCCAUGACAAUUGGUACGCCAACUGUGUCGAAUCGCGUACCUCCACGACAGCGUGCAUCUCAUGGAUAUACCGGAUCCCGCUCGGUUCUCAACUCACAACAAGAUCAAAAUGAAUCCUUUACAACCCCGUCUCAACCUCCACCUCCUGAACAGCAAGUUCCUCGCACACCUACUCUCUCGCAAUCCAACAUCCCGCUCCGCAGAACCUUCAUGUCACCUGUAACACCAGCAACAACUCGCUCCAACAUUCAAGCUGGAUCUCGCAGAUACGGGUUCGGUUCCAGUUAUGCCCCAUCUAACGCGGAUAGGGCAACUGAGAGUAACGGCGAUGUAGCCCCUCCACCUUCUCAGUCUCAGACCAGAAUCAUCGCGCCCUCGCAAAAAAUAGCAGCCAGCUAUACGCCCAUUCCCCAAAACCGAGCGAGGGCGAAUAGUCUGGGCGUGCGGAGGUUUGGCCUUAGGCAGCGCCCAAUGACCAGCGCUGGCAGCGCUGUAAACGCAUUAGACGAUAGCAUUGAUUAA